AUGAUUGAUCAUUUUUUUGAUGAAAGUAACCAUUUUAAGACAGCGGAUAAGGUUACUUGUGGAAAUUAUCAACCAGCAAUACCAUCAAAGAGCAGUGAAACUGAUUCUCCAACUGCUGAUGGAAUCUUAGAUGAAAUGACAGCUUUUCUGGCUGAUCAAGCGAAAAAUAAUGUGGCUAUCGAACACCUUAAAGGUACAGUGGACUCCAUUCCAGCAAAAGAAAGUGAAAAAGCAAGCAAUCGUGUUGUCAGAUUUGAAACCUUCAUUAAUCGUGACCCAAAAUUAAAGCAAAUGAUAGAAAUAAUGUCUGCAGAAUUAAAGAAACCUGUCAACAUCUAUUAUAAUCAACAUCACACUGAUGAUGUGGAACUGGAGGAGAAGAUUGUUUCUACUAGCCAGUUGCAAGAAGAAUACGCGAUCGCUUUUACUAGCGAUAUCUUCCAAUUUAUUCAAAGUCAUAAUGAUGGAUUACUCCUAUUGAAAUAUAUCCUGAGGCAGGAAUUAUAUAAAUUGAUUUGCCCUAUUGAUAAUGAUGGAAUCGACGAUUAUGGUAUAUUUUACGCAAAGAAAUUAUCCCAUAACGUUUAUGCCCAUUUAUUUGCCCUUAACAAUAUUUCAAAUCAGAAUUUAAAAGCAUUGAAAUAUGUUUAUUGCGAUUUUGUUAUAUCGGAAUUCGUAUCCGAAGAAAGAAGGAAAGCUAACCAUAAAUAUUAUCAAAUGUUACUUGCUAUUGCUAUCACUUACGAUGUCGAUCAAUCAAGUCUUAAAAUCCCUUGUACCAAUUUAACUAAAACAAAGUGUUCACUUUCAUUAGACAAUUUUACUUCGGUCGAUCCAAGUUUUCAGCAUAUAUUUCAAAUUUUAGAGCUAACUCAGCUUGUUAAUUACAUUGAUCAGUGCAUCGACGGCAGUGAUGAAGAAAAGUUGUUGAAAUGCAAAUGGAUAAAAGUUGUUUCCGCAGCUCGCAGUCAGAAUCAACUUACUCAUUCAGAUUCCUUAACUCCAAGCGAACUUAAAGACCGAAUUAAACGUACCUGUGUCAUUGCUUACGCCAUUAAAAUAACCAAGUGGAUUGAUAUUGUGGAUUAUUUAAAUGAUCUACUGGAAAUAAUGGAUUAUAACAAGUUUUAUCCUACCUCAUUGAUUGAUUUUAUCCUUUCUUUGUUUAAAGAGCGAUGGAAAAGCUAUAUCCCUGAAAGUUAUAGUUUACGAUGUAUUGGAUGGUUGGUCAAAAUAUUGAAUGGUAAUGAUGCGAAUUUGUCCUGUUUUAGUUUGCAAAUUUUAGUUGAUAUCAUUAGUCGUGAAAAGCAACCAGAAGUUUGUAGUAAGAUGAUGGACAUUGCAUUAACAUCAUUUCGCCGAUUAGGUUGUUAUCAACGACUGUGGAAUCAGCUAGAGAUGCCUUAUCAACGUCUAAUGCUAAGUUGCAUGGAUAAAUUUCGACAUCGGCUUGAUGGCAGCUUUUUGAGUCAAGAUGAUAUAACUCAUUUAGCUUGGAAAUUAAAAAUGCAAUGGUGUAUCAAUAUCUUUGAUCCUACAGAAUGGGCAAUUUGUUCUAAAGCUAAAGCUUUUAUUACUGUUUUCCAACUUUUUGGUAAUCGAUGGUCUGAGGAAUUUUACAAUCAUAUACAAAAAUGCAAUCAUGAAUUGUUUAAUGAUCUACUUCGAGAAUUAUCGGAAGCUGUACGCGAUCAAGCAGCUUCUAUCAUCAGUGAUUACAUGCAACUUCUGCAGAAUUUAGCCAAGCAUCUCUCUUACAAUAAUGGAAUGCUUCUGGUUAUCAUUCGAAAUUUGGCCUUUUUAUGUAGAAACUCCAACAAAUUUAAAGUUAUUGAUUUUAUUGGCUCAUUUCUAGAUCAUGAUUGGAAAACGAAAGCAAUGACUUGUCAAGUUUUCGCUUACUGGGUAUAUGCCACAAUCUAUGUGUCGUAUGAAGUAAAAAAUAAAAUUUUGCCUUGCAUUUUCAAGACUAUUGAUCGCAUGAAGAAUGAAGAGAUGAAAAGCGCUGCUAUCCUUAUUGCUUAUUAUAUUGCUUUGAAAAGGGCAGAUGAAGUUGCAGUUCAGGCCAUCAAUCAAAAAUAUGGCAAUAGUACUCGACGAAAUCUCUUCCGAAGAGAAAAUUUAUAUAAUAAAGUUAAGCAGUGGCUAAAAUGCAAGACGAAAGCAAAUGCUGAUGAAUUUAAUACUGCUAAUGCUCAUGAGAAUAUUCUUUUUCAGGAAUAUGCAGCAUUUGAUAGGCAUAUAAAUCAAUUUUACGAGACUGCUCAUCUGAAUGGUCUACAUAAUGCUUGCAAGAAUUUGAUUAUAAAUACAUAA